AUGAAUGAUACUCACAAAUCUAAUAUAAAAUGUUUAGCUUGCGGAAAAAAAGUAAACCUGCAAAUAGUCAAGAAAGAAAACAACAAUAAAGGAAGACCAUUUUAUUCUUGUCGUCAAUGUAACGAAUUUUUCCUUUGGGCAGACAACCCUACUGAUAUGGCGAGAUAUCAUAACAAGAUUACAGCUAGACCUGUAAUAACAACCGCAAGACAAAUUUACAACUCGAAUCCACCAGGCCAAGCUUCAGCUAGUCAAAACAUCGAGAACACUUCGCAUAAUACAAAUGAUAGAUCAAAACUCUCCGUUAAGCCAAUAGAGAUCAAAUUUGUUUUUUACGAUAAAGAUUAUCUCAUCGUGCGCGGGUAUCAGGAAAGAUUAUUAGAGUUCUGGCGUCGAUUGGAAUAUGCCACCUUCAUCUACGAAGCUAAAGGAUGGCGAAUACCAUCUUGUCAAUACGAAAACUGCACGAAAGAACUCAAAAAAUUAAACUUUCCGGUCGAAUUUAACACUUUUCCUCACCACAUUCUCAAACUUUUUGCUGCUGAUUCGAAUAAAUCCAACGUAUCCAAUACACAAGCAGAAGCUGAUAUCACGUCAAAAAUUUCACCACAACUUUGGCAAAUAUUAAUGCCUUUUCAAAAGGAAGGUGUGAUUGAGGUGAUAACAAAGGGAGGCAGAGUUCUGAUCGGUGAUGAAAUGGGCCUAGGAAAAACAAUUCAGGCAUUAACCAUUUGUUCAUAUUACCGCGAAUGGCCUGUUCUGGUAAUAUGCCCAUCUAGUCUAAGAUUGACUUGGUCGAAUGAAAUACAACGGUGGCUCCAAAUUCCGGAAGAGGAAAUUCAAGUCAUCUUUAAUGGAUCCAAUAAAUUGCAAAGUCCUAUGGCUAAAUUUGUGAUUGUUAGUUAUGACCUUUGUAGAACUAUGGGUCACACCUUUAAUAAAAAAUUCAACGUAGUUAUUGCUGAUGAGGCACAUUAUUUGAAAAAUCGAUCGGCUAAAAGGUCACAAGUUUGUUUAAGGAUGAUUCAAGAAACCCAUAGAGCAAUUCUCUUAACCGGAACUCCGGCUCUGUCAAGACCUGAAGAGCUCUAUGGUCUUAUUGAAGCAUUAAACAAUAAACUAUUUCCCAACUUUACUUACUUUGCCAGUCGUUAUUGUAAUCGUAAGUUGAUGCAUCUGGGUCACAGACAAUUUUGGGAUACUAAAGGAAGUCAAAAUCUGGAGGAGCUUCAUUGGUUAAUGGCAAAAACCAUUCUAAUACGACGAUUGAAAAAAGAUGUUAAUUUGCAAUUACCCGCGAAAACUCGGGCGAUUAUAAAAAUAAAAAUUGACCGAGCUUCAAUGAAGCCAAUUGAAGAACUAAAAGCCAAGAAAGCCAAACUUGAUGAAAGUGGAGACCAGGAAAGUCUUUAUAACAUAAAGAGAGAGAAACAAAUUUUAUUGAACGCGAUGUGGGAACAAACAGCACAGAUAAAAUUGCCUGGAAUAAUUGAAUACGUAAGCGACUUGUACGAGUCAACCGAAAAGAAAUUCCUUGUGUUCGCACAUCACCACGUUGUCCUCGAUGGGUUUUCAAAAGAUUUAGAUUGUAAAUCAAUAAAUUAUAUACGAAUUGAUGGAUCCGUGCCAUCUGCCAAACGACAAGUUUUGGUCGACCAAUUCCAAAACGAUAGUAGUAUUCGAAUCGCGCUUCUUAGUAUCACUGCCGCCAAUACUGGUUUAACUUUGACGGCUGCGGAUCUGGUGGUUUUUGCAGAACUUUAUUGGAAUCCUGCUACACUCUUACAAGCAGAAGAUCGAGCGCACCGAAUAGGCCGAAACGAAAGAGUUGAUAUCAAGUAUAUUUUGGCGGAUGGCACUGCCGAUGACAUUGUCUGGCCUCUUAUAAAGAAAAAACUCCAAAUCGUCGGUCUGAUGUUGGACAACUCCAGCAACAAAAUCAACAUUAAUGAGGGCACGACAUUCGGGCACGAAAGUCAAUCCGAUUUAUUGGAAUGGUUUAAUGAGACGGUUGGUAGUGAUGACAAUGCUGGUAUUGCUUUUGCUGCAGAAGAGAAUCUUGAAGAACCCUCACGAGGGAUCAAACGUACUCGCGAAACCCUGGAUUUCUCUUAUAGAAAAUAUAAAAAAACGAAAAAUGGUAACGGUUAUGGCAAUGAUAAUAACCAAUAG